AUGCUCCGCCUCGCCACCCAUCGCAAGGCCAUUGCUGCCCUCCUUGACCUCGCCCGCCCGCAGACGAGCAAGAUCGCGGUGGCGCUGGCUUGCCUCGCCGUCUCGUCGGGUGUCAAUCUGGUGGUGCCGGCGGCGGUCGGCAAGUCGCUCGACUCGCUGACGGCUCUGGUGGCCGAUCCCGAGACCAUGGUCAUGCUCGCCGCUGCUGGGCUGACCGUCUUCUCUGCCGGCGCUGCCGCCAACUACGCCCGCAUCCGCCUCCUUGUUGCCGCUGGCCAGUCGGUCAUCGCCGAUCUGCGAAGCUCGCUCUUUGGGUCGCUUGUCCGCAAGAACGCCGCCUUCUUUGACACCGCCCGCUCCGGCGAGCUGGUCACCCGCCUCUCUGCCGACACGGCGCUGAUGGGCUCCAUUCUGGUGGACAACGUGCCAUCCGCCGUCCGCAAUGUUCUGCAAGGCAUCGGCGGCGUCGCUAUGAUGUUCUACCUCUCGCCGGUCCUCGCCCUCACCACCCUCGGCUUUGUCCCGCCCAUCGCCGCCGGCGCCGUCUUCUUUGGCCGCCACGUCCGCGAUCUACAGCGCGGGGUGCAGGACGAGCUCGCCGCCACCUCGGCGCUCGCCGAGGAGCGCCUCUCCAACGUCCGCACCGUCAAGCUCUUUGCCCAGGAGGAGACCGAGUCGGUCUCGUACGCUUCGGCCGUCGCCCGCAUCUACGACCUCGCUGUGGCCCAGGGCAAGGCAUCGGCGCUGUUCUACUCGGGCAUCGGCCUUGCUGGCAACGUCACCGUCCUCGGCGUCCUUGGCGUCGGUGCAUCGCAGGUCGCCGCCGCCGCCAUGACCCUCGGCGAUCUCACCUCGUUCCUCAUGUACACCAUUUACGUCGGCGUCUCGGUCGGCGGCGUCUUCCGUGUUUACGGCGAGGUCAUGAAGGGCGUCGGCGCGUCUGCUCGCGUCUUUGCUCUUCUCGACGCCGCCCCUCCCGCCGCAGAUCACCACCCCAUCCCGGCCCCGUCUGCCCCGGCCGUCAUCGCCUCUCCUCGGGCGCCGGCUCCACUCCCAGCUGACCUGCACUUUGACCGCGUCGGCUUUGCCUAUCCCAGCCGGCCCGAGACGCGCAUCUUUGACGAGCUCUCGUUCCGGCUCGAGCCUGGAACGCGGACCGCGCUAGUUGGUCCGUCGGGCUCGGGCAAGUCGUCGAUCGUGGCCCUGGCGACCGGCCUGUACCCGCCGACCAGCGGACGGGUCGUUGUCAACGACAAAGAUGUGGCUCUGUGGGAUCUCCGGACGCUCCGCUCUCAGGUUGUGGGCGUCGUCCCGCAGGAGGCUGUCCUCUUCUCUGGCUCGAUCCGCGACAACGUGGCGUACGCCGCGCCCGGCGCGAGCCAGGCCGACAUCGAGCGGGCGUGCGACCAGGCGCAUGCCCACGACUUUAUCACCGCCUUCCCCGACGGCUACGACACGCUUGUGGGCGAGCGCGGGGUGACGCUCUCGGGCGGCCAGCGCCAGCGCAUCGCCAUCGCCCGCACCGUCCUCACCAACCCGUCACUGCUCAUCCUGGACGAGGCGACCUCGGCGCUCGACCCAGGCUCCGAGGGCGUGGUCCAGCGGGCGCUCGAGGCUCUCAUGGAGGGCCGCACCACCCUCAUGAUCACCCACCGCCUCGCCUCCAUCGCCCCGGACAUGCACUGCGUCGUCCUUGACAGCGGACGCAUCGUCGAGGCCGGCACCUUUGCCCAGCUCCGCGCAGCGCCGGCGUCACAGCUCAACACGGUCGUUGCCGCCGGCGCGCGGACCUGA